UAACUCCCAGGAUCGCCGAGACUUAUGAAUAUUAACUACCAGUGAGGCCAAUCACAGUCUUGGUGUCAGAAAAGGGGGGGGACGUUCCACGCUGGUUCCUCAGAACCUGAAUAAAAACUGGACGUUUCCGUGGAAGAGAUGAAAGCUAAUCUUGUGCGCAUCUCCAAUCGCCAUUCGGUCAGAUUGUGAAGCCCUGACUGCAACACGUUAUUUAAUGGAUGGGAACAAAUAAUUUCAGGAACUUCAAGGUUCAACAUAGCUGGCUAAAAUGUAAUAUUACUGAAAAUAUUUCUGAAGAUGUUAUAGGUGUCACUCUCUAGUCAUAUGAGGUGGUCAUGGAGAAUCCGACUUCUUAUGGCAUACAUCAAAUCUGUGUUAUAUCUCUUUUACUAGUUUUUCUAUGUCCUCAACAUUGCCGGGGCAGUUGGAUGUGGCUCGGCAUUACUGCUGUGGGAGUUCCCGAGAAGAUGGGAUGCGCAAAUCUGCCGCUCACGAACAAACAGAAGGAUAUAUGUAAAAGAAAGCCGUAUCUAUUACCAAGCAUCAAAGACGGCGCGCGCCUGGGGAUCGCCGAGUGCCAGACGCAGUUUAAGCACGAGCGAUGGAACUGUUCUACGACAAAAGAGCUGUCUGUUUUCGGAUACGAGUUAACCAGUGGGACGAAGGAGACGGCGUUCAUCUACGCGGUGAUGGCGGCCGGGCUGGUGCACGCGGUGACGCGCUCCUGCAGCGCGGGCAACAUGACGGAGUGCUCCUGCGACACGGGCCUGCAGGGCGGCGGCUCGGCGGCCGAGGGCUGGCACUGGGGCGGCUGCUCCGACGACGUCAAGUACGGCACCUGGUUCAGCCGCCGCUUCCUCGACGGCCCCGCCCGGAACGCCUCCUCCGCCCACGGCGGCGACGCCCUGCUCGCCAUGAACCAGCACAACAGCGAGGCCGGGAGACAGGCCGUGGCUAAGACGAUGUCCACAGACUGCCGUUGCCACGGCGUCUCGGGGUCGUGCGCGGUGAAGACGUGCUGGCGGACGCUGGCGCCCUUCGGGCGGGUGGGCGCCUUCCUGAAGGAGCGCUACGAGGGCGGGGCGCAGGUGCUGGACCGCGCCCGGCGCAAGGUGCGCCGCAAGGAGCGGCUCCAGCGGCGCGUGCCCGUCGCCCGGGACGAGCUCGUCUUCCUCAACAAGUCGCCCAACUACUGCCUGGAGGACCGGCGGGCGGGCGUGGCGGGCACGCGCGGGCGGCGCUGCCACCGCGGCUCGGCGGGGCCCGGUGGCUGCAACCUGCUGUGCUGCGGGCGCGGCUACAACACGCACGUGGUGCGGCACGUGGAGCGCUGCGAGUGCAAGUUCGUCUGGUGCUGCUACGUGCGCUGCCGCCGCUGCGAGAGCAUGAACGACACCUACACCUGCAAGUAGGGCGCUUCCGCCCCACCCCCCUCCCCCCCGCCAGCGUGGCCCCCCCCCCGGGGGGGUCGAGACACAGACAAGGGAGGGGGGGGGGGCGGGGUGGGGGAUGGGGGUAUGUGGACCUGCCGCGGCAGCGGAGGAGUCUUCCUCGCUACGGAUAGCGGGGGGACGUGACGCAUCUCCCUUGUGCUAACUCAGGAAAAGGAAGUACUUAUUAGGCGUACGAAAAGUGGGGCUGGCCGUUUCCGACCCCAGGGCGCGCGCACCACGUCGGACAGCAGGGGGCGAUCAUCACUUCUCGGUGCUGCCUGGGCCUUUAGAAUCCAGACACUAGAGUAAACUAAACACAGCAAUAUGCAAAAAUCAGCAUUGGGACUGGAAACUGGGAGCUGGGACUCCUGCACGGAGACAUUCCGGCUCAUUCCGGGAGGGACUGAGAGAGAAGCCCCUGCAGAAUUUCAGCGCACCGUGCAAAGGGAAAACAAGGCCGGUCUGUGGAAUUGGAGGAGCCGUGUAAAUUCUGUAGAUUUCGUUACUGGUCUUGCAGCUGAAAGAGCGCGAGAACGUGCUCACGUCCACCCUUCCCACACCUCAGCUCCUGUUAGGGAAACAGAUUAAUUAAUGUAAUCAAGUGCGAGGUAGAAGAACAAAGAAAAUAAUAUUUUUUUAGAAGUUCAGCUUCGAUACUGAAAUGUUUCAGAUCCACAGAGACCUUAAAAAACGAUUUUCAUACAUGGUUGGUCCACAAAUAAUUUACAUGGAAUUAUUUUAAAGUUUUUUUUCUCAAUAUUUUACAUAACAUAAAUGUUUUACAUUACAUAUUUAUUUUUCAGUUCAAUUAAACAUUUUGUGUGCAGAAAACAUAAAAAAAAGUAAAGCUAUUAAUUAACGCACAUUUGAGAGAAAGAAAAAAAAAUUACUGUACAUUUCCUAAAUGCAUAUACAGGUCAAUAUAUAAAAUUAAGAAGUAUUUUUUGUAAACGGCAUUUCAAUUGUUUAUAUAGUGUAAAUAUUAAAUUAUACAAAUGUCUCUGAAGGAAAAGCCUUCCAUAAGCAACUUAUUAUUAUUUCCUGUUUACUGUGCAUAUUAUUUAGGUGUAUAACCAUUUUUCUGUGUUUGUCGUGCCCUUUAUGUGCCUACGGAUAUGUGUUACAGAUAUGUGCCUAAUUACACACCAUAUUUAGGAGGUGAGCACAUAAUGUUAAAGCAGUAGCAUCCCAAUACGUAGCUUGUCAGAUAAAACGCAUUUAGGUUCAGCGAUCGGCUCUUAGGAACGGACGGUUUGUUUCUGAGCAACUUCCCCGUGGGGUUCUCUUCCCUCUCUGUCGGGGGCGUCCGAAUCUCGUCUCUUUGCCGUGGGAGU